AUGGCUGAGCCCGCUGGCCAUUCUUUGCGUGCUGGCACUGCUGUCGGUUUCCUACAUCACUGUUCGCCUGUUCAGGUCCUCAAAGCUGGCUGGAUACCUGGCUUCGAGGAUAUACAAGAAAGACAGCCUACCCACUGCGUCGGCUACGUCGACGGCAACGACGACCAAGGCAAAGACGAACACGAGUCGAUCAUGGUCACAACGCGCUCGGAAACGAUAUCGGGAUUGGACGACUUCCAUGUUUCUCCGCUUCAAGCUUCUUCUACCGAAAUGGGGCCUCAUGCAGCCGCAAAGCGAAAGGAGAAGGUCUUGCCGUUGGUGGAUUUGGAUGAUGUAGGGGUUUCUAAUCCACAGAUUGGGGUAUACCUCGAGUCCUCAAAUGCGUCGGCGUGUCCGACGCCUGAAAUGCCACCUCGACGACUCGCUUCGCCUGCUCCGAGACCACACUUCCACGAUACACCCCCGCUCACUGCCACCUCGGCUCCGACCAGCUUCAACUCUCCUGCCACUCCUCCAUUGCCGCUUGUUGACCCCUUCUCGCCGUUUGCGUCCCCAGAGAGGACGAUCAAGGGGAAGGAGAAAGAGUUGGUGGAUGUGUCGAGUUCGUACGCGUACUCGCAACCACUCGUUCAGCAUGCUUCGUCCCCUGGGGUGAUUUAUCCGCAUAACCGGCCCAGCACACCGUCUCCAACCCAAAACAACCCACGGUUCUUGUCGACUUCCCCGGUCGCCCCUCGAAGGACAAAGAGUCUUGGUGGCUUUACGGUCAAGAAGGUGGGGAGUGGAGGUCAACGACCUGUUGGGUUAGAGGGAGGAGGAGGAAAGUUUGUCCCGGGAUCAUUUGGGGCGCCGAUGCUGCUUUCUUUGGGGGAGAAGUCCAAGGCUCGUUCGGAGCUUUUGAUUGAUUUUGGGUUUGAGGAAGAGGAGGUGGCGGGGGUGAAGGAGUCGUAUAACCUUGUGGAUUUGGGGGAGGAUGCUGCUACUGCGACUACUCUGGCUCCGACGCCUACGGCGUUUGGUUUUGGGAAUGGGUACCAAGAAGAAGAGGAGGAAGUUAGGCUUGUUGAUGUGUCGCCACAUAGGCCGACUGUACGCCUCGAAAAUGACCUUUGGAUCACUUCGCCGGAGCCGCUUUGGAAUGACUUGGAGUUGCAGGUGGAAGAGGGAAGGGAACAGGAGGAGGAAUUGUUGGUACUGGAUGCUGAAAACGAACCCAUGAUGGACGCUAUGGAGGAGGGCAGAUUGGUUGAUGUUGAACCUGUGGCCGUUCCAGAAGAGAAGGAGAUUGUUCCUCAAUCGAUUCCAGCAGCUGAAGAUGGCGACGUGGACCUUUUCGACAACCCCUUCAGCGACCCUGAAGACUCCCCGUCCAGCGAAGACUCGUUCGAGCUCACCACACAAGAAGACGAGGCGUUUGUUCAGGAAACCGUUGUCACCCCUCAACCAAUUUCAGACCCUCUCACAGGAGAUGACGUCGAGGAAGACCCUGCUCCUGGGCCAAGUCCAGCAUCUACCAUGUCGGUUCUAUGUGAUGAGGGAAGUGAGGUCGAGUUUUCUGACCCAGAAGAUCUACCACUCCCUUCGGACGCUAUUCUCCUCCCUCUCGACUCUGAAUCCGACUUCCCAGAUCCAGACCUUCCCGAGCUGCCUCCCGUUCAGGAGCAUCCCAUCCAAGAACCGACUCCAGCUCUCGUCAACCCCGACCUUCUAUUGGCCAUCGCGUCGGUUGCUCACCAAGAGACUGUCAAGAUGGAAACUCCUGUUGUGGCGGAGAGAAGACCAAGUUUUGCACAGAUUCCUACCCCUCCUGAUUCACCCCCGACCUGGCGACGCUCGAUGAGCCUGGAAAGGAGUUCAUUCGAGGAGGAGCGUCUCCCGACCAAGGAGGUUGAGGCCGAACCCAACACGGAGUCAUCGAGUGCAGUCUCCGAAGAGGAUCUCAUUCCAGAACAAGAACGGGAGGACGACCACAGCCCUGAAACCGACUUAUCGGACUCUGAUGAGGAUCCCUCUGAAGAGGACAACGUGAGCCAUCCUGUAGUCGAUUCGUCGAGCGCAACUUCGGCGGACGAGCACGUUUCUGAGGCAGAGGACUCGGAUAGCGCCGCACCUCCUGCAUGGUCAGUGAGGGCUGCCGAAGCACCCCGCCUCGGUGUAGUUGCAUCGACGCCCUCCAAACCCGUUCCAGAGCCUACAGCCACUGUCAAACCCAAGGCCUCAGAGGAAGCCACACCAUCACCACAGGAAACCGAUUCUGAGGAUGCUUUCGAUUCGCUACCUGGCUCGUUCCCUGAAUCGAAGGAGGAACCAGCUGCCGAAUCUUCUUCAUCAGAGACAAGCUCUCAAACCAUCAGCCCAGCUCGACCCAGGGCGACAUCCGUUUCAUUUGCGUCUACAAUCUCCACGUUGACACGUAGGAGGCGACCGUCUCCUUUGGAUGUUGCUCUUGCCAUGCAAAUGAGGCCUGGCCUUGGAGCAGGAGCUGAUCCCGCGUUCAUGGUGCGUUUCCUCAUGGCUGCGUUUGGUUGGCUGGUCGUUGUGGUUAGCGGAAACAUUGAUGAUCUCUGA